UAACGUUUUAUGCAUACAUAGUUUUACAUACGUGAGGUGCACUAACAAGGACCACAUCAGCAUGUGUAAUGGCCGGCUGGGAACAUUGUGGCCAUCCAUCUUGAAGGAUAAACCCAGAUUGCUGCAGUUUGUACAAACACAAUGUCGCAUUUCCUUCCGAUUCACCAGUCUCUGUCGUCGGCAUUCUGGAUCAUCGUUAUUAUGUUCUUAUCGUUAAAUCGGUUUUUUUUUAUUGCGGUAUGCUUUGAUUUGUCACAUUUCAUCGCGCAUAAUGCGAAUCAUUUGUGACGUGCAUAUACAGAUAUACUUUUUAUAUGCCUUUAAAAGCGUAUAGCUGGUGAACACUUGUGAAAUGUUCAUGUUUUCAUCCUGGUCUCCAGGAAGAGCACUUGAUUACUACGCCGGCAAUGUAAAAAUACUUUUGACAGCGGGAAUUCAUGUAAAUUAUUUUCCAGUAUAUCUAUAUGGAUUACUCUGGUUUAUACAUCGUGAUUGACUUGGAAAAUAUGAAAGACAUUGCUAAGCUGAUGCUGUUAAGUAAUUUCUUUUGAAUGCUGCAACUCAACGAUCGCAUGUACAGAUCUAGAUACCAACGUAAAUGCUGCACGCUGUUUCAGCAGCUAACUUUAGCUGUUUUUUGUCUUCUGUCAAAACCAUCUGUUAUAACAAUAGUUAUAGUCUUCGAUAUCUGCUUUCUUAACGGCAUCUGUGCGGCAAAUGUCUCGUUUUCAGGACGUAGAUUUCGGGACCAAGAUUACGAAGCAAAACUCACGAAGCAUCUUCAAACAGGAUACAACAAAGAUAUUCGCCCUACCAUUAACCAUACCGAAUCAGUCAGAGUGGUCUUCGGAUUGUCGCUUACUCAAAUUAUUUCUGUUGACGAAAGAAAUCAAAUCAUGACAACGAACUGCUGGCUAAGUCAAAACUGGAUGGAUAACAAACUUAUCUGGAAUCCGAUCGAUUUCGGCAACGUUACCAGCCUUAUGCUACCAAUGGACCAAAUUUGGAAGCCGGAUAUCCUGCUUUAUAACAACGCCGACUCCGAGUACUACCACAAAAUGAUCAACACAAACGGUAUUAUUCAAUAUGACGGGAACGUUACAUGGUUGGCAUCCAGCAUAAUCCGAAGCACAUGUGCGAUUGAUGUUCGAUAUUUUCCAUUUGAUUAUCAGAGCUGUUCUUUAAAGUUUGCCAGUUGGACCUUUGAUGGAUACAAAGUAGAUCUUGUCGUCAUCACAGAAGCUGGAGACGUAUCAAAUUAUGUCCCCAGUGGAGAAUGGGAUCUUGUCAAUAUUUCGGCUAAACGAACUGUUGUCUACUACUCCUGCUGCGCGGAGCCUUACCCGGACAUUACUGUGCAUAUCUUGCUUCGACGUCGUCCGCUUUAUUAUGUUUUUAACUACCUUAUGCCUUGUGGGUGCGCUACGCUAUUCGCGUUCUUGGGAUUUUAUACUCCCGGAGAAUGCGGCGAGAAGGUCACACUGGGAAUAACAACGCUGCUGUCACUGACCUUGUUUUUGCUAAUGGUUAUGGAAGUUAUGCCACCAACAGCAACAUCUUUACCCUUGAUAGCAACCUUUUAUGGAAUCUGCAUGUUUUUUAUCGGACUUACAACAGCCGUGCAGGUGUGGACACUGAAUCUGCAUUACCGCGGCGCUCGUGGACAGCGAGUGCCGAAAUGGAUAAAAAAGGUCAUUAUGGAAUUUGUCGCUACGACGCUGUGCAUUCACACCGGUACCCAAGGCACACUUCGUCCUGCUUCCCCAACGAAUUAUUUGUUUCCGGAAAAAUAUUCUGCAGCUGCAAAAGAAACAAUUAUGCGUGAAUCAAGCAAUGUGAAAAAAUUAGACAGUGAACACUCAGCAUCGUCGAUGGAUGGACAGCGGCAAGUCAACUCGCCCGCAAGCCGAAACACUGCUUCCGAUUUGCAAGUAAUGAAAGACGACCUGCGUGCAAGGUACACAGUGCACAGUUUUGCCAUUCGCAUACAAAGAAUGUUGAACCAUGUGUGCGAACUGAUAGAAGCCAACGAGCAACAUGUCCAAAAAGAAAUCCACCUGGAUGAAGUAACACAGGAAUGGAAAAAUUUAGCCUACGUCGUCGAUAAAUUGCUGUUUAUCUUAUUUUUUAUAAUCAUCACCAUUUUUUCUAGCACGUUGUUUUUGCUGGUGCCCACAAAUCAAAGCCAGAUUUUAUAAUAGCCAAUAUUCAAAAUCUGAUUUCUGGUCAGCGAGAAUUUUAGUCAAAAUGAUAUUCGUUCUACGUGAAUACAAAUAAUUUUGUAAGCUAAGUAAUUUAAUCAAAUGAUGUCGCCACAUGUUUAAAAAGAUUACUACACACGUCCGCUCGACCUUCAUCGGCUUCCACUGUUGACUCGGUAUUUGAACACAACAUUCUUUUCCAUUCCAUCCGCUCGCUUUCGGCGUCGCGAAUUUUAUUAACCGACCAACGA